ACUUUUUUAUAUUCAGCCUCUUCAAUCUUUUUACUACAGCAAGAUUCAUAAUCACAAUCACCAUCCCAUUUCCGCUUCGAUUUGUAGCAUCUCCCGCCUACUAUAAUAUCUUGCUCAUCUAUUGAGAAUUGGUGAUUGGGUUUCAUCCGACCAUUCAAAAUGCUCUUAGAAGAGCAAAGAUUCCUCCACGAGGACCUCGAGCGCCUUGAACAGGGCAUCGCAGAUCGCAUUGGCGAUGAACCCAAACAUAUCCGCGACCGCCUGGCACGUGAUCAUCAAAUAGCCCAAUUUCUUGAUCGCAUAUCGUCGCAGUCCUCCAAGCUUCUAUCUCUUUACCGCGAUGCAGAUGGGUCAAGGUCGCGUGAGAUCCAACAAAUCGGUAGCGGUGACCCAAUGGAAGAGUUCUACAAGCAGCUUACCGACAUAAAGACUUUCCACACCAAGUACCCCAACGAACCUGUCGAGAAUCUCGAGCGCGCAUACCGACCAAAGAAGGGACCCGAUGCCGAAUCUCAACCUAGCAUCGUGGAUACCAUGUUUACUGGUGAAGAAGCAUUUGGCCGUUUCUUCGAUCUUCAUACCUGCCACGAGCUUUAUCUCAAUCUACCUAACGCGAAGAGACUCAGCUAUCUUCAAUACCUGGAUUUGUUUGACAACUUCACGCUAGGUGCUGGCGGGCUGAAGAGGUCGGAGAAGACGACGGACCAGUAUUUUAAAUACGUUGGCCAGCUUGCUCUAGAUCUUGAAACCUUCAUGCGAAAAACGAGGCCGUUGGAGAAUGUCGACAAGGUAAUCGCCGACUUCGAUAAGGAGUUCGACGCCGCAUGGGACAAGGAUGAGAUCGCAGACUGGAAAGCAGAGGAGUCUAGCGGGAAGGCUACUGGUAGCGCGAAACAGCCAUCCACGGCCGACGCAGUAUGGUGCGAAGAUUGUGAAAGGGAGUUCAAGAAUGAGAACGUAUACAAGGGUCACCUUUCUGGCAAGAAACAUGUUCGCGCUGCAGCCGAGCGGGCUCAAAGAUUACAGGGCACGUCCGAAGAAGGGGGCGACUCGACCAACGGUAAUCGGAAAGGUGGGAUGUCGACACAGAGGCUGAAAGAACGGGCGAUCGCAGAAAGAGAAUUCCGAGUCAAGCGCCUUGCAAGCGCGAUGAGUACUGAGCGAAGCGAUACUCGAGUGAAUGUCGAGCGAAAGCAGGGCAUGACGGAGCGUGAAAGGCAGCAGGAGCUAGAGAAUUUGUUCAGCGCCACCACUACCACUUCACAGCCUAAGGAUGCCGAAGAUGGCGAAGACAACGACGACGAAGAUAAGAUUUAUAACCCACUGAAGCUGCCACUCGCGUGGGACGGCAAGCCUAUUCCUUUCUGGCUGUACAAGCUUCACGGACUCGGUGUCGAGUUCCCCUGCGAAAUAUGCGGAAACUUCGUAUAUAUGGGACGCCGAGCCUUUGAUAAGCACUUCAACGAGGCGCGACAUAUCUAUGGCCUCAAGUGUUUGGGAAUCACGAACACAAGCCUCUUCCGAGACAUAACAGGAAUCGACGAGGCACUAAGGCUAUGGGAGAAGAUACAGAAAGAGAAGCGGAAGGACAAGGUGGAUGACGGCAGUGUAGUCCAGAUGGAGGAUGCUGAAGGGAACGUCAUGCCGGAGAAGGUCUACUACGAUUUGCAGAAGCAAGGCCUAUUGUAAAGCUAUUUGGGUGUAAUAUUUUAUGCAGGGUACUAGGAUCUGCUCAUGAAUCAAGGAAUCAUGGCAUGGUUGGGAAUAUUUGAAAGAGGAAUGAAAGACGCGGUCUAUAUUUGCCAAUAGAAGUAAUACCAUGAGGGUUAAGGGGCAAGAACAAUGACACCCCUAAGGCUUCUCGUCUUCUAAACUGCUUCUAGGUACAUAGAUACUUCCGGGCUACGUCUUGGUUCGAGCCUUAUCUUAUCGAUAACAGCAAUCGAACCCCACAGUCCGAGGUCCA